GCGUGUGUUUUUAAUGAUGACGCACAGCGUUUGCGGAGCACUGCCUUUGGCAAUCAUCAUCACAAGUGAUGAAACAACAGAAACACUAGUGACUGCCUUCUCCCAGCUGAAAUCAUCCCUACCAGCUGAUGCCUUUUUUAGUGCCACUCCUGAGAAAGGCCCACGUGUCUUCAUGACAGACAACUGUGCCGAGCUAAAGGAUGCUAUCCACCAAGUAUGGCCUGCUGCUACAACUGUUCUCUGCAUCUUUCAUCUGCUUCAGCAGAUCUGGAGGUGGUUGCAUGAUAAGAAUCAUGGCAUACUAUUAAAGGACAGGCCCCAUCUUCUUCUGGGAUUUAAGCGUGCUGUGUAUGCUGAAGAUGAGGAGGAGUUUCAAUCGGAAUAUGAAAGCCUGCUUCAAGAUGAGAUUGCAAUGAAAUACCCCAAUUUCAGCAAAUAUGCCUCUGCUGUGUACGAAGAUUCGGAAUCAUGGGCUUUAUGUUACCGCACAGAACUGCCAUUGCGUGGGAACAACACAAACAAUUUUUGUGAAGCACAAUUUCUGGUGAUCAAAGAUGAGAUAUUGAAUAGACAAAAAGAGGUUAAUGUUGUUGGACUCAUUGACAAACUAACAACUGGGCUUGAAUACCAUUAUAAAAACAAGCUUCUAGCUAUCUCUUCUGGAAAGUUUGAUGGUAUAUACAGUGGACGAUUUUCUGGUUUCUCAAAAAAGGGACAGGAUGGCAUUAGAUUUAAAAAGCCGGCCACAGAAGCUCAGGCCCAUGCAUUGAAAGAACUUGUCUCCCUUGGCAACAAUACCUUCCAGAUGAAGAGCUUCACUGAAGAAGGCAAAAGCUACUUGGUGGACAUGACCUUAGGUGUUUGUCAAUGCAAGAGUGGUAUGAAUGGUGCCCCAUGCAAGCAUCAGUAUGUUUUAUGGGCAAACAAAAUGGCUCAUAGCACCAAUUUCCUACCACUAUUCAGCAAAGAACAGCGGAUGGAAUUUGCAAGAAUUGCCAUUGGUAAUACAAUGUCACUUCAUCACUAUGAGGGCCUUCAUGACAGAGUAGUUGUAAUGCCGGAAAGCAAUGAUCAUGGAUCUGCACAUCAGAUAGAGAAUGAUACCCAGGGCGAAAGUAAUUUUACUGCAAUGCAGCAUAGAAAUGUUCCACAAGAGGCGAUUGCUAAAAGUGAAUGUGAGGCUGCCCUCUCAGAAGUGAUGAGUGCCAUUAAAUCCAAGAUGGAUGAAUCCAACCAAGAUUUCCUGAGAAGCAUUCUUAAAUUUGCUGGCCGAUCAAAAAGUAUGCCAGUGUCAAAACUAACCAGUUCAUUUCAUACCUUUGGUGCAGCUGGAGUCACCCAUUCUCGAGCAACUGCAACAUCAAUUGUUAAGAGAGCAAAGCGGCAAAAGAUAGCUGUGCAGCCAGAGGCUGUAAAACGAAGAAAGUGUGACUCUGGAGGUAGGGCAAAGCAACCUAAAGGACAAACUGUGAAGAGGAAUCCAUUUCAGAAGAAGGCAGGGAGAGUCAAACGACCUCACCAGUUUGCAGAAAACGUUCGCUGUAAUGAGCCAAUGUCAAAGAAAGCAGGCUGAAGUAUGGCAACAAAAACAAGAUGCUAUGAAACAACAUAGA